AAGCAAAUAAUCCACAACAGGGUUUUAUUGACACAUGUAUUUUACAUGUUAUAAAGCCCAUAAAAUGUUUAUAAAUAAAAAGUAAAUACAAAUAUUUCGCGUCAAGAAAAAAAAACCGCGAGAGAGAACCCAUCCCCGAGAGAAAGGCGAAAAAUUUUCCGUGUCUAGAUGGGUGCGUGUGCUCGAAUUUUCGAAUUGUAUGGGUAAUUGUUGAUCAAUUGUCAUGUGCCGCCUGCAAGAGCACUCACACACCUACAAUUGCAAAAAAACCAAAAACAAUAACACUCGGCCUCAUCAAUGGGAAGCAUUGCAAAAUCAACCAAGUGAAACGGAACCUAAUAAAAUUCGGAAUCAAAAUCUGAAAACUACUAGAGAUUACAGUGGCCAGAGAGGCAGUCCAAAAUUCUUAGCUUGAGAUUACAAAUAAUUCCAUACAGAACAAGAAAUGAAUAGGGAAUGAGUCACGAAUGAGAUUCGAAUAAUUCAACCGUUAAAGGAGUAAUAAAAUUAAAUUUCAAUUGAGACCUAUUGGAGACUCUGGCCAGUGGCAUAAUUGAGAGAUCGGGGCGUUGGCGAUAACCAAGAUGAAAGACCUCUGACCUCUGAUGGAAUCUUUAUUUAUUGUCACACAUGCCCAGACACAUUCGAAAUCAGCAGUUCAGUUUGGAGAUCCUACUACAGAGAGCUUGACGGAAUAUUUUCGCAUUAAGGCUUCAGAACUGAUCAUAAAACUAUAGCUUUAGAGGGCAAGCAAUGAACAAUAUUAACUGAUUUUGUGGAAUAGGUAUUGAAAUAAUUUAAUCUGUAGACCAACGCCUACUGGAUUCAUCUAGAUUCUGGAAGAGACACAAUCUAUGUUUGUGCCUUUGACGAGACACGACCAGAAAGAGUGAUAGGAAGCGGCCUAUGCCACCGUUCGAAGAGGAGCAGGAUCCGUCAGAGGAGCACAUACCUCUGAAGCCGCCGCGACGCAAGAGAACAAUGAAGACUGCCGAGCAGGACACAGCAACACAGCCUCCCUCGGAGGAGACCGAAGAGGAGCAACUGCUGCCCACCAGAGAGCUAGGUGGUGGCAGCCUGCGCUAUGCCAGGGCCAACUUGAGCCACAGCAAUCUGCUGCUGAGCCACCAGCAGAGCUCCUUCGACACGCCCACCGAACGGACGGCCAGCAGCGAGACCCUGGACAUGCCGCCGAUAUCGAGGCAGCGCUACCAGGUGCAUCCCCAGCCGAAUCGCAUCCAAGGCAUCCAAGGUAGGCCGCAACCUUCUGCCCUGGCCAGUGCUCUGCACGCCACCGCCAAAUUGGCAGCCAGCGUGGAUGCCUACACGGCGGCGGCGACAGCCACAGCGGUCGGCGACUAUACCCUCUGCGAUUCGUGCCGUCCGCUGCGCUACAAUCCGAACUGCAGCCACCACUUCCACCACCAGCCACAGCAGCAGCAACAGCUACAGCACCAUCACUUACACAAUAUGGGAAAUCUCAGAGCGAGCAGUUUCAUGGGCUCGUCGCGGUACCUCUACCACAGCCAGUUCAAUUCGAAUUCGCCGCAGUCGAGACGCUUCACCGCGCAGCGAGACAUCUCGCCAGCAUCGGGCUCGGCAUCGGCAUCGAUAUCGGCGGUAGUAGCUCCAACAGCACAACUAGCUUCCAUAGCAUCGCCUCCAUUAGCAGCUCCACCACCACCACAGCCAUUUCAGUUGCGCACCUACCAACAAACUCAAUCCUCCCGCUUUCAGCCGCGUGGUCAUCACCGCACCGCCAGCAGCAGCAUGUCGCAGUCUGGGGAGGAUCUCCACUCGCCCACCUACCUGUCCUGGCGCAAGUUGCAGCUCAGUAGGGCCAAGCUGAAGGCCUCCAGCAAGACGUCGGCUUUGUUAUCAGGAUUUGCCAUGGUGGCAAUGGUGGAGGUGCAACUGGACGGCAACACCAAGGUGCCGCCGGGCAUGCUGGUGGCAUUCGCUAUUUGCACCACAAUGCUGGUGGCGGUGCACAUGCUGGCACUGAUGAUCAGCACCUGCAUCCUGCCCAACAUCGAGACUGUGUGCAAUCUCCAUAGCAUCUCCCUGGUCCACGAGUCGCCGCACGAGCGACUGCACUGGUACAUCGAGACGGCCUGGGCCUUCUCGACGCUGCUGGGACUGAUACUCUUCCUGCUGGAGAUAGCCAUCCUGUGCUGGGUGAAGUUCUACGACUUGAGCCCGCCGGCGGCAUGGUCCGCCUGUGUGGUUCUCAUCCCGGUGAUGAUUGUUUUCCUGGCAUUCGCCAUUCACUUCUAUCGCUCGCUGGUGACCCACAAGUACGAAGUCACGGUGUCGGGCAUUCGCGAACUGGAAAUCCUCAAGGAGCAGAUGGAGCAGGACGCCCUGGAGCACCAGCACAGCACGCGGAACAACGGGCUGCACUACGGCGCCUCCGGGGACAUUGUCUAGCCGGGAGUCCUUGGACGGGACGUCCCACGUUUUGAAAAGACAUUGCGGCUCAGGGCAAGCCUCAGACUAUUUAAGUUUGAAAUAAUAUACGAGUAUAGAAAAUUUGUAGUAAAUGCAAAUUGUGAUAAGCAUAAGGCAGUAGAUUUUAAAAAAAAUGUACGCGAACUGUAUUCUGUAUUCUAUAACGACUACGUGUGAAUGGAGUAGAGUGGAGUGAAGUCCUGGUUUUUAAUUUUUACUGCAAUUACUAGGCACUGAUACGAUAGGAAAUAGUGAAAAUUAAAGACCCAUAACGAAGCAAUACGUUGGACCUCAUCGCGUCCAAUGAAUAUUCCUCAAAAAUUAGCUCAUAACUCGUAUGUUUUAUAUAUUUUGAUUGUACUUUAAUUCGUACGCCUUUUGUAAUCCUCUCUGGCCGUCUUCCCCGCUAUUCUUUAAGUCCUUUUUAGAGAAUGUAGGCGCUCGUGAUAGCGCUCUAAUUUAUACAUAAAUAUAUAAUUAAACGAUUUUUUAUAAAUUAUACGAAAUUUAUAUUUUAAUGGGACGAGUAUUAUAUUAUUCAAGGAUAUUUUAUAUAAGAAACAUUUUCAACAAAACAAAAUCAGCUAAUAAAUUUAAAUACUUUGAAAAAA